ACGUGAAUCACGUCAGCAGGGUGGUGGUUUUUCUGUGCUGCUGGGAACGAUGUCGGGCCGCGGGAAGCAGGGCGGGAAGGCGCGCGCCAAGGCCAAGUCGCGCUCGUCGCGGGCCGGGCUGCAGUUCCCCGUGGGCCGCGUGCACCGGCUGCUGCGCAAGGGCAACUACGCCGAGCGGGUGGGCGCCGGCGCCCCGGUGUACCUGGCGGCCGUGCUGGAGUACCUGACGGCCGAGAUCCUGGAGCUGGCGGGCAACGCAGCCCGCGACAACAAGAAGACGCGCAUCAUCCCGCGCCACCUGCAGCUGGCCAUCCGCAACGACGAGGAGCUCAACAAGCUGCUGGGCAAGGUCACCAUCGCGCAGGGUGGGGUGCUGCCCAACAUCCAGGCUGUGCUGCUGCCCAAGAAGACCGACAGCCACAAGGCCAAGGCCAAAGGGUACUCGUCGAGCCAAGGAGUGCAUGUUUGGAGGUGAAAGCAAUGUGGUUUUGUGCACCUGGAACUAAAGACCUGAAACUUUGUCUACACAGAUCUUGUAUUUGUGAGUAAAAAUAACUAACUACACAAAAACAAUAACCUGCCCAUUAAUUUGGGUAGAUAUUCAUCACGGAUGCUACUCACUGGAUACAGUUUUGGUGUUCCUGCACACCUCUAAAUCACUGAGACCUAAGCUCUGCUUGCUGCAUAAAUGAAGGUAGCAAGUAAAAAAAGCUUUGCGGCUGGUUUAAUGUAUGCAGUGUUCAUCCUAAGAACAGCACCACGUGCUGGAAGGUCGCUUCCCACUGAGCCACUGUGUUUCCAGGUGACAGUUUCUCUGAAACACUGCAUUCAAAACAUCCUGCACGUUGCACUAGGCAACUGUGGGACAGCCAUUUUCCUCCCGUCUUUUGCUGUAGCCUUUUGUCAUUCAUUCCAUGAUGCUUAUCUGCAACAAGGAUAGCCCAUUUCCCUGUAUAAGUGACUAUGCUACAACACUUUGACGCAUCCGAGCCUGACAGAAUUAACUUGGGGUCACCUCCAUGGACUUAUGCUCGCAUAUUGCUUGCACUUUGAAGCAUCAACAAACCCAAUUUCAUGCCUUCAUCUCAGACCUGAGAGAAGUGUGCAUCAUCUUCUACAACAUUUCUGUCCAACCCGCUAGUUUUAUAUUUGUUGCCCUCAUUUUUUUUGUUUUAAUA